GACACAUUUCAGGAGACCACAUAAUCUCCUGAAUUCCAGCAAAGCAGAGUAAGUGCCAGCUCUCUUCAGCUCCUGGAUUAGGCCCUGAGGCUGCAGAGAAAACUCAGAAUAAAAAUGGAGAAAGUGACAUUUCAGGCUGAAAGUACUAGACACCUCCAGGAAGUAGAGAAGGUAAAAGAAACCCAGGGAGAAGAACCGCCCUCAGACCAGUGUGUUAAACCUUGGAGCAACCAUGAGAUUAGGAGUUUCCUACAAGAAUGGGAACUCCUUGAAGGUGAAGAGUUAAAGAAGAAUUAUCACUUAGCAUCAAGAAUAAUUGCCAGGCAUCUCAAGCAAAGGGGCAUAAAUAAGAGCAGGAGAAAAUGUCUCCAGAUGCUAAUAAACAUGCAGGACUUAUACUGGACCAUUCAUGAAGCCAACCAGAGACCAAGGAGUGAACCCUUGCCAUGUCCUUAUGGAGAGGCCCUUCACAGGAUCCUAGAACACAGAGGGGAGAACAAGGACUUCUCAGAAGUGGCUGAUGUCCCACCACCUGAGUACCAGCCCCCUGCGUGUGCCAUCCCUGACUGCUUUGAGGAGCUGCUGUGGGCUCCCCCACAUAAUCUACAUAGAGGAUCCUCAGGUACCCAGAUGGGAGCCCUGGAACAUGAACCUUCCACAGUCAAGUCCAUGCCUGUUUCCUGCAUUUUUCUCCCUACACCCUGGCCCCCAGCAACAGUGGUCAACUCUCUGACACUGAGUCAGAUUGAGAACUUACAGCUGGAACCUGAAUCCCAGUUUGAUUCAAAGGACAGACAAUGGACUAGCACAAUUCUAUACACUCAUGACUUCUUUUUUCCUAACCCAAUGUAA